CUUUCAAACACAUCACUUUAGCAAAAAUGAACACAAUACAGUGAAACAAUUCGAAGAAAUAUACAUCAUGGACGAAUGAAGUACCUCAACUUAUCAACAACAUAAAGACGAUGGCAUCAAUAUGGCGGUGUCGAUCCAGGGUCAGGCUAAGGCAUAUACUAUCAAUCGAUCAACCGAUAACACUCUUUCGACAUCCUUUUUCUUCUUGGUCCCCUCAGUGUCAGCGUAAAGCCCUCGAAGAGAAAGUUCCUCCUCCACCACAACCUGCAACAAUAUGGCGAAGACGCUCCCGUUUGCUACUUGAAGCACAGUCUAAAGCAAACCAUCUUACACAUGAAGCAAGGCCGGAUUUGAAACUGCUCAAAGCCGCCAUUUGGCACGAUAUCGGUAAAAAUGGUAGCGAAAGGCUGUUCGCUGACAAAGAACAAACAGAUCGAGUACUGGCAAGGAUAACCGAUUUGUAUAAUGAGAUGGCACUAAAGGGAAUCGCGAUCGAUAAUCGAUGGUGCCUGAUUAUGAUCACCUCUUUUGGCAACAUUCUUACGCAAAGAACUGAAAGUGCUGAAGGAAUAUCGCAUGAGGAGAUGCUUCACUAUCUACGACUUGCCAGAAAGUUGUUUCUGGAAGUGUCUUCAGAAUUGACUCAACCUAGAUUCACAAACACUGCCCUGAUUCACGGCAUCUUAGAUCUUGAAAUGAAAGUUGCAAUGACGCUUAUUCGAGAGGCAAAGGAGAAUCAAGAUGUUAAUCGUAGCAUCAUCAUCAAUGAUCAUUUACAUUGGGUCACAGAUAUGGCAAAUAUAAUGGCGACUAGACCCAAAGAUGAACUAUACCAUCAAGAUUUGAUCAGUCUAUCUUCGACCAAGGCCGGCACAACGACGAUCAAUCUUCAUAUCCUUCGCCGUGAUUAUGUUCGUGCAAUAGAGUCUCUACGACAAUUGCUAAAGCAUGCAGCCAAUAUACCCAAAAGUACAAAUGUCAAGGGAGAGGCACGAACGCUACAUCUUCGCCGUAUUGAACAGAACCACAAUCUCGCUCGUGGUGCAAUAAUCAAUGUUUUGGUCGUGCUUUGCAGAGAUGUUCGCAAAGAAGGCGGCCACUUUCGAUCUUUAAUCAAGGAAGUCAUCAAGAUAGCACACGACAGCGUCGAAGAUGGAUUAUGGGAUAUAAUGAGUGGCGAUGAGCAAUCCCGAUCUAAGUUAAGCAGUCGCAAUGGUAAAGGACCUUCGUUUGAUUUUGCACGCCUUUGUGUACGGGCGAUAAAUGCUGUCUCGCCUGCUACUACUAGGAAAAGAAGAGCAACAGAGGGUGUGAUGUAUGCAAUGAUUCAUGGCGAUGAGAGACAACAUUGUGAAGAUUUCUUUGAUCUGAUGAAAGUCAUAAUCGACAUACGUUCCGCCACUGUUGCACGAGAACUUGCUCAAACACUCCGACAAAGUACGUCUGAUGUACCAUUAACCGACCUCGAACCAAUUACACAACCAUGGAGAAGAUCAUUUCGCUGGAUAUUUGAUAUCAAUCGAGAGAUGUCUGCUCGUGUUGUCUGGUGUCUGUUCUCCCCAUGGUGUCGUAAUGAGAUGCGAAUAGGUAUGAGGGAUCGAACGGCAUACGAAGAAGCUCAACUUCUCGCAGACGAGGAAACAGAUUUAUUCUUGAAAAGGUUCGCUCUAGUCUUGAACGAUUUUAUGAUCUUGUUUGGGAUGAGUGAAGGGAGUUGGCGAGCAGCUGCGAUCGCACUUGGAAAAAUCUUAAAUUUGCUACCAUCUAUAGAAGGAAGGAAACAGGCAAAAGAGAUGUUUGAAGAAGCAUACGAGAAAGCAAGAAAGAACAAUUUUGGCGCUAUACCACAAACAAAAAAAUGAUUCACAGUCAUCAUCAUCAUGUACUAUAAAAGGCAUUGUACACUACUCACACACGCACGCACAAUAGAUGGAAUGUAAUACAG